AUGUAUACAUUUUCCUUCUUUGCACUUCAGAACUGUGCUCGACCGUUCACUGUGUUCCGAACGUGUCGAGGGACACGGAUGCGUUUCAAGAAGAUGGAGGUCUGUCAGACCUGCAGCCAAAUGAACAAUGUUUGUCAGACACGUCUGCUAGACCUGGAAUAUGGUUUGCCUAUCCAGGUGCGAGACACUGGGCUUUGUGUUGAGGAUGAGGUUCCUAAGUCAGAUGUGAACAAAGAGUACUACGCUCAGAACAUGGAGAAAGAGAUAGCAAAAACUGAUAACACACGGCCGGUGGGCCAGUUGGGCAAGGCUCCUAACUCCAGUGAUAUGUUGCUGAAACUGGGCCGUAUGAUGACCAAUUUUAAGAAGAACCGGGCGCACAUCUGCUCCUCCUGGGUGAAGGGAGAGUGUAAGAGAGGGGAGGGGUGUCCCUACAGCCAUGAGAAGCCCACGGACCCCGACGAUCCUCUGGCUGACCAGAACAUAAAAGAUUGUUACUACGGUAUCAAGGACCCUGUUGCAGACAAGCUGCUGACAAGGGCCUCAACCAUGCCACAACUCGUCCCACCAGAUGACAAGUCGAUCUCCACCCUCUUCAUUGGGGGUUUGGGUGAUACUUUCACGGUUAGUGACCUCAAGAGUUACUUCUACCAGUUUGGUGAGAUUCGUACCAUUACCAUCGUCCAGCGGCAGCAGUGUGCCUUUAUCCAGUUUGCCACACGCCAGUCUGCUGAAACGGCUGCAGAGAAGUCCUUCAACAAACUGAUCAUUAAUGGACGAAGGCUCACUGUCAAAUGGGGAAGGUCUCAUGCAGCAAGAGGAAAGGAGGGUAUCAAAGAAGAUGUCCGCGAGAUGGGCACCAAACUUGAUCCUGUACCUGGGCUGCCUGGAGCUCUCCCUCCACCACCACCUUUGGAUGAAGAGAUUCAUGCAAAUUACUUCAACCUGGACCCAGGCAUUUCUCCUGCUGUCCUGAAAAUAGCUCUGCCCCCAACACCAGGAAUCAACCCACCUCCCACAGGUGAAAUUAUUACCUUGAGCUCACAGAUGAGGCUGACAUCAGGUCCAUACCCAAAUACAUUAUCUAUUAAACAUGAAACAACUAUUUAUAUAAUCUCUUAUUUUAUAAUGGUAUUUCGUUUUGUAAUCAUCAGCUGUUUUGGGCCUCUAAUGUUUCACCCCAUGGCUCCACCUAUGCCCCCUCCAAUGAGCAUGAGACCUAUCUUUUUUAUUCACUACCCCUCCCAGGAUCCUCAGCGCAUAUUUGCCCAUGCAGCACAUGGCGCACGCCCUGCAGAGUAG